GUUUUAAUUUACGUUAUUAAGGAUACUAGCUACGGUGUCUUUUCAACUUUAUUUGUUUAUAAGAUGUGGCAGUUUAUAAUUUUCACACUACCUGCCCUCCCCUCACACACGCUGCUUUCCACCCAAUGCUAGUACAUAAGGCACCUACUGAUUGAAUUCAGAGUAAUAAAAUUGGCAACGGUUAUCUUGAAACGAUGUUCGAUUUAAAAAUAAUUUAUUGGUUGAAUCAGUCCAUAUAGUCGGUCGAUCGAAACUACUUGAUAGCUUUUCAGUGUAGUAAUAUAUUCAUAUCUCAUUGGAAGAUUUGCUUUUGAGGGAAUUCCAGCUGAACAUUUGUGGUGUAGUCAUGCAACCAUUGGAAGAAACGGACAACGUAAAAGUCGCCGUGCGAUGCCGGCCAAUGGAUAAAAAAGAAAUUGCAAUGAACAGCAAGUCCGUGAUUUCGGUCAGUGAACUAGAUGGGUGUGUGACAUUAAAACGCACAAGUUCAUGUGAUGACCCUCCAAAACAGUUUACUUUCGAUAUUGUUUUUGGUUGUGGCAGUAAACAAACUGAUAUCUACAACAUGGUGGCCAGACCAAUUGUUGAUAAAGUUUUAGAAGGAUAUAAUGGAACUAUAUUUGCUUAUGGACAAACAGGUACUGGAAAAACAUUUACGAUGGAAGGGAUCAGAUCCGAACCAGAACUGAGAGGCAUUAUCCCGAAUUCAUUUGCCCAUAUAUUCGGGGCAAUCGCGAAAGCAGAUGCGAAUACGAGAUUUUUGGUGCGUGUUUCAUAUUUGGAGAUAUAUAAUGAAGAGGUUCGAGACCUUCUUGGAAAAGAUCAAUUCGCACGUUUGGAUGUUAAGGAGAGACCAGAUAUCGGUGUGUAUGUUAAAAAUCUAUCUUCGUUUGUUGUACACUCCCCAAAUGAAAUGGACAAGUUGAUGUCAUUCGGAAACAAAAAUCGUGUAACCGGUGCAACUAAUAUGAACGAGCAUAGUUCACGUUCACAUGCAAUUUAUACAAUAACAAUUGAAUGUAGCGAACAUUCAGAGAAGAAUAAAACAUUACUUCGUCAAGGGAAAUUACACUUAGUUGAUUUGGCUGGAUCUGAAAGACAAGCAAAAACUGGUGCAACUGGAAAACGUUUACAAGAAGCGAAUAAGAUAAAUUUAUCGUUAACUACAUUGGGUAAUGUAAUUUCUGCAUUAGUCGAUGGUAAAUCAACACAUAUACCGUAUCGUAAUUCCAAAUUAACCCGACUAUUACAAGAUUCACUAGGUGGAAAUUCUAAAACUGCUAUGAUAGCAAAUAUAUCACCAGCCGAUUACAAUUUUGAUGAGUCAUUGAGCACAUUAAGAUAUGCGAAUCGGGCAAAAAAUAUAAAGAAUAAAGCGAAGAUAAAUGAAGAUCCAAAAGAUGCAAUGCUACGUCAAUUCCAAAAAAAAAUUGAACAACUCCGUAAACAGUUGGAAGAAGGUGGCAUAGCUUCAGACCCAACAAAUGCAGAUGAACAAGUUAGUGAUGAUGAAAAUGGUACAAUUGAUCACAACGAUCAAGAAAACAGAUUGAAGAAGUCAAAAGGAAAAACAGUAAAACUGAGUAAACAAAAAAUGGCUGAAAUUCAACGUAUGAUUGAAGCUGACAGACGUAAGUUAGAAGAAGAGAAAGAUAUGGCUAUAGAGGAACGAAACCGUAUUCAGAAACAUCUUGAAACCAAAGAAAACGAACUACGACAAGUUGAAGUAACUCGUAAUAAUUUAACAAAACGCAUGGAAGCAUUACAAAGUCGUAUCAUUGUUGGCGGUGAAAAUUUAUUAGAAAAAGCUGAAAUACAAGAAAAAUUAUUAGAAAAAUCAGCAAUUGAAUUACAAAAACAACAAUUACGUGCAGAACAAUUACAUCAAAAAUUAAAAGAAAAAGAAGAAGAACGUAUUAAUAUUGAAGAAAAAUAUAAUAAUCUGCAGGAAGAAGCUGCCGGAAAGCGUAAAAAACUACGUAAAUUAAGUACAAUAUAUUUGCAAGCCAAGUCAGAACUUGAAGAUAUGAAAAAUGAACAUGUUCGUGAAAUGGAAGGCUUGGUAGAUAAUAUACGUCAAUUGGAAAGAGAAUUAGCUCGUUAUACUCUAAUCAUCGACCGAUUUAUUCCACAACCAUACCAAGCUCUCAUUGAAGAAAAUGUACAGUGGAACGAGGAUAUAGGUGAAUGGCAAUUAAAAUGCGUAGCAUACACAGGAAAUAAUAUGCGAAAACCUGAAAAGCAAACACCUGAACCUCCGACCGACCUUUCACACGUAUACCUGUCAUACCAUACGGACGUAGGAAAUGCGGAACCUCGCCAGCAGAAAACCAAACUGAACAAGAAAUAAAACCUUUUCCCUACAGCCGCUUUUCAUUCAUUUCCACACACCUAUCAUUUUACAUAACCUGGACACAUCUUCACGAACUGAGUAAAUAGACUGCGAAUGCAA